UCGUGACUUCCGCCGCCCGCCGGGGUCGGGGCGGAGCGGCGCGGGGCUCCCGGUGGCGAGCGGAUCGGAUCGGAACCGGGCCGCAAUGUCGACAUCACUGGGCUCCAACACCUAUAACCGGCAGAACUGGGAGGACGCGGACUUCCCUAUUCUGUGCCAGACAUGUCUGGGAGAGAACCCCUACAUUCGAAUGACCAAAGAAAAAUAUGGAAAAGAAUGCAAGAUUUGUGCCAGGCCCUUCACAGUGUUCCGGUGGUGCCCUGGGGUUCGGAUGCGUUUCAAGAAGACAGAAGUGUGCCAGACAUGCAGCAAGCUGAAGAAUGUCUGUCAGACCUGUCUGCUUGACCUGGAGUAUGGUUUGCCUAUUCAAGUGCGGGAUGCAGGACUCUCCCUCAAGGAUGAAAUGCCCAAGUCUGAUGUCAAUAAGGAGUAUUACACCCAGAACAUGGAGAGGGAGAUAGCCAAUUCUGAUGGCACCAGACCAGUUGGUGCUCUAGGAAAAGCUACAUCCACCAGUGACAUGCUGCUGAAGCUGGCCAGGACCACUCCUUACUACAAACGUAACCGUCCUCACAUCUGCUCCUUCUGGGUGAAAGGAGAAUGCAAGAGAGGAGAAGAGUGUCCCUACAGACAUGAGAAGCCAACAGAUCCAGAUGAUCCUCUGGCUGAUCAGAACAUCAAAGAUCGUUACUAUGGAAUUAAUGAUCCUGUGGCUGAUAAACUUCUGAAACGAGCAUCAACCAUGCCUCGUCUGGACCCCCCGGAUGACAAGACCAUCACUACACUCUAUGUUGGAGGCCUUGGAGAUACCAUCACUGAAUCAGAUCUCAGAAAUCACUUUUACCAGUUUGGGGAGAUCCGGACGAUCACCGUAGUGCAGCGGCAGCAAUGCGCGUUCAUCCAGUUCGCCACCCGGCAGGCAGCAGAAGUGGCUGCUGAGAAAUCCUUCAACAAACUCAUUGUCAAUGGUCGCAGGCUCAAUGUCAAGUGGGGAAGGUCCCAGGCAGCAAGAGGAAAAGAAAAGGACAAGGAAGGUACUACGGAAUCGGGGAUAAAGCUGGAGCCAGUUCCAGGACUUCCUGGAGCCCUCCCACCUCCUCCAGCUGCAGAAGAAGAGGCUUCUGCAAAUUACUUCAACCUCUCUCCCAGUGGCCCUCCAGCUGUGGUUAACAUUGCCUUGCCACCUCCUCCUGGCAUUGCUCCUCCACCACCUCCAGGUUUUGGACCACACAUGUUCCAUGCCAUGGGGCCUCCACCUCCCUUCAUGAGAGCCCCUGGCCCCAUUCAUUACCCAUCCCAGGAUCCCCAGAGGAUGGGUGCCCACGCAGGGAAGCACAGCAGCCCCUAGCACACCACCCUCAUCCUUUCAGUAAAUGCUAUUUUCUAGUUACCAUGGUAGCACCAUAUGUUGAGGUGUGGGCGAGCUAAAGAAGCCUUAUUUCCCUGCUUGCAAAUGCUGGGAAAGCUGAGCUCUGUGUCUCCACUUGCUAAUUGGGUCCUUGAUACUUCCCAGGUCUUUUGUUUGGGGUAAGGGGUGGGGGGCAGGGGAUCAGGUGUACCAGAAUUACAGUGCUAUUCGUGUAUCCCCUUUGCACACUUUUGAAAUAAACUUCUGGAAAAAGAAAACCAAACCCUUGAUAUCCUCAGUCAGAACACUAUGGACUGUUUAAAUGUAACCAGACACUCUUCCCUUUGUCAGGUAACUAAUGAGCUGAAAACUAAGACUAUCAGUGUGCCAAACCUAUGGCUUUGUCAUAAUUUGCCACAGAAUUUUCCUUUCUCAUUUUUCCUGAAGUCUGGCUUAACAAAAAACAAAGUAAAA